UUUAGAAUUCGAAUUUUUUGGUAUGUCAAAGCAUUUACAUUUCAACCGAUGAAAUUCGACUGAUAAAAUUACUGUUUAGAAGAACACAAAUUCAUAACAACGGGAAAACUUAAAGUAGAAAUUGUUUACUGAUAUUAUGCUGGCUCGUUAUUACUGUAUUAUUGCGCUAUUCCUAAUAAUAUCACUAAACUGCCAUGAGGAAAAUACGACCUUCGUGAGUUUUAUCCCACAAGUGAUCAUUGUCCUAGUUGAAUUGUUAAAGAUCAAAAACAGCUCGCACUCACGUAACAAAACAUGGAUUUACAAUAUAUUCGCAACUAUGGACUCAUUUUCCUUCAUUGGAACCUUACAUUUUGCAUUUCUAUUAACAGUGAAUCGCUUUGUGGCCAUGAAUUUACCGAGAUUCAAUGUUUUUUUCGAAACAGUGAGGUUCUAUUUCCUCAUCGCUUUCGUGUGGUUAUCAGUUUUCGUGCCAUCGCUCACAGAAUUUCUUUAUUGUGACAAGACUUUCGUCGUUUCAAAUUUGGAGUGGUCAAUGAAUUGCACGGGAAAAUCACCUAAAGUUGGCAGGAUUCUUUUGAACAUUCGUUAUGUAUGGACGUUGACUUUACCCAUAAUUAUGUUUGCAAUGUAUGUUUCAAUAUUUUACAAUAUGCGUCGCAAGCGGCGAAAUAUUUCCGAUCAAAAAAGAAACGAAAUAUGUACAAGUUAUCAAGCCAGAAUUAAGCGACAAACUGGUAAAUAUGAGUUUUUGAUGGUAAUGCAAGGAGCAGCGAUUUGUAGUGCAAUAGAGAUUCAAGUAUUCUGCUUCUACUUUUUGCCGCAAAUCGCAGUUAAGAUAGCUGGCAAAAAAAUAGAAAUUCCGGUUCAUAUUUUCGUCAACUGCUAUGUUAUUUUCAAUAGUGCUGUGUUGCCUACCGUUAAUUUAGUUUUUGUCAAACGAUUUCGUGACAAUGUGAAACAAGCAGUUCCAGAAUGGAUAUCCAAAGUUACGAACACGAUAGGCAUGAAUACUUUAAUAUCUUUUACUAAAGUUCAACCGAUAUCUCGUGUUCGUUAACCAUCUAUGCUUGUUUUUAUAUAAUAUCCUAAUUUGAAAUUCUCUUCGUCAUGCAGUCUCAUAUUUCCGUAUUUUCUUUUUCAGAAGAACCUUUCAAUACUUCCCGACAGUGAAGACUAGAACUCAUUGCAAAUAGAUCAUCGCUAUUGCAGUAAAAUAAGCAUUCUAUUAGUGAAAACUCAUAUAUUAUCCUUUAAUUAUAUCAAAUACUUUAUUCUUUAAAGAAUAAUAGAAGAUAAUUGAACAUCAAUCUCAUCAAUAUAUUUUCAUAAACACGAACGUUAUUCCAG